UUGGAAUUAUUUUCUAGCACUCAGUAUAUUUUACAUGGUCACUGACAAACAUGUCUUCUACAACUUUAUGUUUGAAAAAGCCAUAAACUUAUAUUAUAACAUUUUAUCACGUGAUACUUAUGCUACCCAAUUAAAUUUUGAUAUUCUAUGGAGCAAACUACUAUCUGAGAUGCCUACGCACAAAAAUACGUCUUUCCUAAAAACGUUAACGACUGUGAUAACUUCUUGGACACACGUUGGUUAUCCUAUAGUACAAGUAAACCGACACAACAAUACACGGACUCUUGAAAUACUGAUUAGAGACUGUUUUCUAAGUAAUAUGGAAAAAUCUUGUGUAAGCACGUGGUGGAUACCUGUGACCUAUAUAACAAUACAACAGUCUAAUAUGACAUAUCAAUCGUGCUUACAACCAGACGGAAACAAUAUUAUAGUUCCGAAUAUUGAAAAAGAUGAUUCUGUCCUUUUUAUGGAUGUACCUGGAUACCGCGUCAACUACGAUCGUAAAUCUUGGGAGAAUAUUGCUCUCUUCUUAAAACGUAAAACGUCUAAGAUUUUAUCUGACGUGUCAGUAGCCCAAAUUCUCGACGAUGCUUUUUAUUUUUUAAUACAAAAUACAGAUUAUAAUGAAAAAUUUGAUUUAAAUACUACUGAUAAUCUAGACAUAUUUUUUGAUAUUGCAACCAGUGUAUUUCACGUGGACAAUUCCUACAUAGCUUGGUAUCCUAUAUUUACUGCGUUUGAAUACUUCUCAAAGAUGUUUCCGUUUCCAGAAAGUGCAUACAUCAAGGAUAGAAUUCUGGAUAUAUUGAAUACGUUUCUUGAGUAUUCGCUUGCACCUUCUUCCGAAAAUAUUGUCAUUAAUCAGUUCUAUUACGAAGUUUUAAAAUGGUCGUGUAUUCUCGAUAGCAUACAGUGCAAAAAUUUUGUUAUGGAUGAAUUAACAUGGCAUAUAGAAAAUCUUGCACAAAACAGACUUUUGCAAAGUUGGCAGAAAUGGAUAUUUUGCCAGAGUUUAAUGGUAGAAAAUUCCACGUAUGAGAACUCUUCUAUAUGGUCUACAUUAACAACCAUGUAUGAAACUCAGUCAAAAGAAGAAGAAAUGUUUAACUUUUUACCUUGUUCUAGACUUCGCAGGAAUAUUUUCUUAUCUUUUAAAUUCUUCGCUACUACUUUUCUACCAUCUUCUGAACGUAGUGUAGAUUUAAAGAAAAGUGAUAGAGUUUCUUUUCUUUUUAAUAUUAUUGCAACGCAUUCAAAAACUGUUGCAUCGCUGACGUCUAUACUAGAAGAAAUACGUUCCAUAGAAAGCGACAUUAACAUAGGUGCACUAAUGAACUGUAUUAUUAACAACAUAUAUUCAGACGAAAGCUUGUCGAUGGUUACCGAUGGAAAGUUCUUACAAAUACUGAAAGACAGACAUCGUGCGCCAUCUUAUGUUAUUUACGCCGUGAAAAAAAAAGUUGAUGAUCGUCGUGCUUUACUAAUUAAAGUAAAAAAUAACUUGUUUUCAAGCGAUAAAAUGCAUUUAUUUACAGAGAUUUAA